AUGACAGAACCGGUCUCUGUUAAUAUUCUAUGGUUUGGUACUGGUUGGCAAGAAUCUGAUAGAGAAGCUAUAAGAAUGUCUGUUACUUCACUAACUUCGUCUCAAUAUGUUGUUAAGGAUUCUGAGGUUCCUACAUUGGGAAACUGGUGGGAGAUUAUUAGACAGUAUGGAGACAGUAAUAAUGUUCCUGUCACUGAUAGAGUGGAUUUGGGUGCUGAGUGCUUCUAUACAGGUCCUGAACUCAACAUGACCCUAGACCAAGUAGUUUACAUUGGGAGAUCAGUUUUCAACAAGUCUUCCAUCAAAGGUUUUGAUGGGAACCUGAACUGUCAUCGGCUUUUCGAAGUAAAUGAUAACAGUAUCUACCAUAUUGUGUUUUCUUACACUGUGAUGUUCUUAGACAGCAAGGAGCAGAGGCAACUGAUGGACUUGUGCGGUGGAAGGUUUCAACUUGAGGUUUUUGCAGGGUUGAAAGUAAAUAUUCUUUGGGCAAGAGCCCCUCAAAAUGCUGCUGAUCAAUGUUCAAUGCUUUUUCAUGGAAAUUCUUACUUGGGACCUCCAAAUGGUGAUGAGAAGGUUGAUAGCUUGGUGGGUUAUAUGCUUGCCAACGUUGCUGAGGAGGUUACCAACCAAGAUGGAAGUGGAUGGAUUAGUAAUGAUGGCAGUGGGAUGACAGUUAGUAAUUCUUGUGCCUCUCCAUUUUGGAGGGAUAAUGGUGAUCCUCCUUUGUUCAGGGAUACAGAAAAGAAUAUGAGUUUCAAUGUGGUUGGUUUGAAUGGUUAUCGAUACAUCAUGCCAUAUGUUUGGGACCAGAAAACCAGGAACUGCGCCUUGAAACUCUCAGAAACCUGUGAAACUAAUGCAAUGGUUAUCUUAAGGGAGCCAAAAGGAUACUUGAGGGGAGGAAUUAUAGUAAACCACUCCAAUGGUUUGCAGCCAUAUCCCCCAAACCAAAAAUGUAGUUGGGCAAUCCACUACCCAACAGCAAAGUUUAUCCGAUUCACCAUCAACUACCUUUCAGUUGCAGCAGAUAGUGAUGAUCACCUGCUAAUUUGCAAGUCAAAAUCAAAAUCUGCACAGUGUUCUACGUUGAAAUCAAACAAUGGAAGAUACGAGAAGAAUUUCAAGUUGAUGAGCUCAAAAGUUUACAUCGAGUUCAGAACUGGUGACCAAGUUUCUUUUGAGUCAAGAGGAUGGGAGCUCAGUUAUUCUGCAGGACUUUGCUUUGGAAAGGAAAAUUUAUACGAACAUGAUGGAAAUAUCAGCUACGUGGCAUCUACUAGCUUUCCCUAUGUAGAGGGACUGAAAUGCCAAUGGGUUCUCCAUGGAAAACCUGGAACUCCUGUCUUUAUAACCUUCACUCAUAUAAACAUCUCUAAAGGUUUGGAUUUUCUUGCGAUUUAUAAUGGCACAAUGCAGCAGAUAGCAAACUUUUCCGGGUUGUUUACAGGCUCUGAUCUCCCACAAUUGAACUUGAGUGGUGAGGUUAUUAUUGCAUUCACCACUCAGACUGAUCAAGGAGAAGGCUGGUCAGCUAACUUUUACAUCGCUCAUCCUGUGAAUCAUGACAAGGUCUUCGUUGUCAUCCUUAUUGUUGUCUUAGCACUUAUAGCAGCUAGUGUUUAUCUUCUUGCUGUGGCAUUAGCUGUAGUUAGAAAGAAACUAGAGCGCAAAAACGCAAUGGAUUCAGACGAGAGACUUACGCUCAUGAGCACAGACGCUAUUCGGGUGGAAAACCGAAUUGGAGAGGGGCCUUCUGCUGUGGUUUAUAGAGCAGUUUCGACUGAUGGAGGUCUGGUAGCAAUUAAAUCUCUAAGAGUUAUAGCUGCUGAAACAGAACUUCAACAAGAGAUUAUGGCCAAAUCCUCUUCUCAUCCAAACAUUAUUUCAUUUCUGGGGCAUUCUCAAGAUGGACUUGGAAGACACUAUUUUGUGUUUGAGUACAUGGGUAGGGGAGACUUGAGCUUGAACUUGAGGGAAAGAGGAGAAACACUGGACUUGGAUAAGAGGAUAGCAAUAGCGUUACAAAUCUGCUCUGCUAUUCAAAUGCUGCAUAUGUAUUUGAAGCCACCAGUAUAUCAUGGAAACAUAACAUCUGAAAACAUAUUUCUUGAUGAAUUCUACAACGCAAAAUUAGGAGGUUUUGGUGCUGCAAACUAUUGCAGCAGCAGCAACAGAGCUAAUCCUGAGCAACUAUCAGAAAUGGCUGAAGACAUAUGGAGCUUUGGGCUACUGUUAGUUGAGCUUCUAAGAGGUGAGCCUCUGGUGGACAGAGAAACAUAUAAAAAUUCUAGGAGGCUAGAAGAGAUAAAUGAGCUCCUUGGCAGUCAGGAGUGCGUUGACCGUAGGUUGACCAUCCCCCAUGAAACAUGCAAAAUGGGUUUUGUAAAGCUUGGUGAAAUUGCAAAGUGGUGCAUUGGUAGUAGCUGGAGAGUUGAGGAGGGUAAGAAUAAUCCCAAGAUAGGUGAUGUUUUAUCGGGUUUGAAGCAGGUGAAGCUCUUGUUUUCCACUGCUUCAGGUUGAAACAAAACAAACACAUUGUUAUAGCAAAAAACUAGAACAACAGUCGCAGUAAUUGUUGGAUGAAAUUCUGAGCUGUGGAUUUGUACAUGUUUUAGGUGUAGGCUUUGGUAAAAACCACAUUACAUAUAUCGA